AUGCCACGCAUCAGCCCAAAGGAUUUUCUACGAGCCAGAGCAAUCAGCAAUGCGUUAGUCUCUUUGCUUCCGGCCUGCAGAGACCUCAGAUCCGCGCAGAAUGAAUUACGAUGGAUGCAGCAGCACGCCAUCAAGGUCUCACAGCGUGCUCGCGUGGACCACCAUCAUGUGUUGAACAGCUAUGUUGCACGUCGUGCACAAGGAGAGCCGUUGCAGUACAUAUUGGGUUCAGAGUACUUUGGCGGUCUUGAGAUCCGAUGCCGGCCUGGUGUGCUGAUUCCAAGACCAGAAACAGCUGCUUCCGUUUCAUGUUUUGUCAAGAGAUUGAAGAAUGAUCGGCAGUACGUGCUGCCUUCGCCUCUCCGCGUUUUGGAUCUUUGCACGGGAUCCGGAUGUAUACCUCUCCUCUUCCACCACGAAUUCUACGCCCGCAGUCCCGGCGCGGAUACUUCGUUGGAGCUCGUCGGAGUCGAUGUUUCAUCAGAUGCACUCAGUCUGGCCAGGGAGAACCUCAUUCACCAAAUGGCUCAGCAUACAGAAUCACCAUCCUCCAGUCCUCAGCAAAAUAAGUCACUCAACAGCAUUGGCUUCGUUCAAGCGGAUAUACUAAACAACGAUGCGGAUGUGGAAGACCAGCCUCUAUCGUUAUCACAAGCUCUUGAUCGAUUGCGAGACGGGUCCAAUCGCCCGAUCUUCGAUAUCCUCAUCUCGAACCCACCAUACAUAUCACCAAGCGGCUUCCAGCGAACGACCAGCAGAUCUGUCAGGCAGUACGAGCCUAGGCUUGCGCUCGUCCCUCCAGGUCCUCCAAGUGGCGACGACGAGGCCAUUGGCGAUCUCUUUUAUCCGAGACUUCUUCACAUCGCGGAACAGAUCGAGGCGAAGAUGUUUCUGUUCGAGGUCGCCGACAUGGAUCAAGCUAAGAGAGUAGCAACAAUGGCAUCUGUUCAGAAAGUAUGGAGCAAGAUUGAAAUCUGGCGAGACGAACCAGACAUCGCUCUUAGCGAAGAAAUGCAAAUACAAGGACAAACAAUCAAUGUACGAGGACGAGGUCAUGGACGAUCGGUUUUUGCAUAUCGAGAUGAAGCUGUCGACUGGCUCGAAUGA